AUGCAACAGAACCACGCCAGGAGCCCCAGACUGCACCUGCUUUACCUGCACCUGCACCAGCUUUACCUGUACCUGCUUUACCUGCACUUGUACCAGCUUUACCUGCAGCUGCUUUACCUGUACCUGUACCAGCUUUACCUGUACCUGCUUUACCUGCACUUGUACCAGCUUUACCUGCAGCUGCUUUACCUGUACCUGUACCUGCUUUACCUGUACCUGUACCUGCUUUACCUGCACCUGUACCAGCUUUACCUGUACCAGCUUUACCUGCACCUGCUCUACCUGUACCUGUACCUGUACCUGCUUUACCUGCACCUGUACCAGCUUUACCUGCACCUGCUUUACCUGCACCUGCUCUACCUGUACCUGCUUUACCUGCACCUGUACCUGCUUUACCUGCACCUGCUUUACCUGCACCUGCUCUACCUGUACCUGCUUUACCUGCACCUGUACCAGCUUUACCUGCACCUGCUUUACCUGUACCUGUACCUGCUUUACCUGUACCUGCUUUACCUGCACCUGUAA